GGGCAUCCACCACAUCUCUGUGGCAACCCGUUCUAGUGCCUCACCACCUUUAUCAUAUAUAUACAUCCCUGUAUAUCCAGUCUAAAUCUCCCCUGUUAGUUUGAAACCAUUUCCUCUCGUCCCCCAGACGGAUGCUGGAAUGCUUGGAGGCCGGCAGUCCCCCAGCAGGGCGGCACCGGUCGGCUUCUGAAAACCGCUGCGUGUCCUCGGACCUUUCCUUUCUGUAUUUUUUGUUACGUUGCGGAAAAACCCCAACGACGGGAUGCCGCCCGUCCCGAGGGGCCAACGGCCGCCUCCCGGGGCCAGCGCUCACCUGAGGCGCCGGCAGCCCCGCCUCUCCCGGCCCCGUCUUUAAGGCCCUCCUCCUCCUCCUCCUCCUCUUCCUCGCCCUCCCUCCCUCCAUCCAUCCCCGCUCUCCGCCGCUCUCCGCCGCCGGGCUCUGCCUCGCCCGCCUUCCCCCACCCCGCUCCCCCCGCCGCCAGCCAUGGCCGACAUGAAGACGGGCAUCUUCGCCAAAAACGUCCAGAAACGCCUCAACCGCGCCCAGGAGAAGGUACUUCAAAAACUAGGAAAAGCAGAUGAAACAAAGGAUGAACAGUUUGAAGAAUACGUUCAAAACUUCAAACGGCAAGAGGCAGAGGGUUCCAGGCUCCAGAGAGAGCUGAGAGGAUAUUUAGCAGCCAUCAAAGGGAUGCAAGAUGCCUCAAAGAAGCUUACAGAGUCUCUCCACGAAGUGUAUGAGCCAGACUGGUAUGGACGAGAAGAUGUGAAAAUGAUUGGUGAGAAAUGUGAUGAACUUUGGGAGGACUUCCAUCAAAAACUUGUGGAUGGGUCGUUGUUGACUUUGGAUACAUAUCUAGGACAAUUUCCUGAUAUCAAAACACGUAUUGCAAAACGAAGCAGAAAGCUAGUGGACUACGACAGUGCAAGGCAUCAUCUAGAAGCCCUGCAGAGCUCCAAAAGAAAAGAUGAAGGCAGGAUUACCAAGGCAGAAGAAGAGUUUCAAAAAGCACAGAAAGUGUUUGAAGAGUUUAACACUGAUUUGCAAGAAGAAUUGCCAUCUCUGUGGUCACGGCGAGUUGGCUUUUAUGUGAACACCUUCAAAAAUGUAUCCAGCCUUGAAGCCAAGUUUCACAAGGAAAUAGCUUUACUAUGUCACAAACUGUAUGAAGUGAUGACGAAGCUGGGAGAUCAGCAUGCAGACAAGGCCUUCACCAUUCAAGGGGCACCAAGUGAUUCAGGUCCACUCCGCAUUGCAAAAACACCAUCACCACCAGAGGAGGUCUCUCCCCUUCCUAGCCCUACUGCUAGUCCCAAUCACAUGCUGGCACCAGCAUCUCCAGCACCAGCCCGGCCUAAAUCACCCACACAGCUGAGGAAAGGUCCUCCAGUUCCACCACUGCCUAAGCUCACACCCACAAAGGAGUUGCAACAGGAGAACAUCAUUAACCUCUUUGAUGACAACUUUGUCCCAGAAAUCAACGUGACAACUCCAUCACAGAAUGAAAUUCCUGAAACUAAGAAAGAAGAAUCUUUGCUAGAUCUGGACUUCGACCCUUUCAAGCCAGAGGCUGUAUCAACGGGAGUAACUCAUUCACCCAUGUCUCAGACAUUGCCAUGGGAUCUGUGGACGACAACAAGCGAAUUGGUGCAGCCGGCAUCCAGCACAGCAUUUAAUGGAUUUGCACAGGAUACCGCUGCAUUUACAGUGCAAUCAAAUGAGAAUGUGACAGAGACUCUGACUGAUGCUGAAGAAGCUCCACCUGGGGAACUCAAGGUCGAGGAAACCCCUACUGCUGCUGUUGUGGAAAAGGAGGCCAUCCCUGCUGAGCCAGAUGAGCCAACAGAGCAGGCUGCGGAGAGUAUCGAGGCAGGGGAUAAGGAGACAACUGGAAUUGCUGAGAAAGAGAGCGAGGUGGUGAGUGCUGCAGAUGGGGCAGUGACAGUGGAGGACAGCGUGGUGGUGGCAGCAGGAGCUGGUGAGGGUGCUGCUCCCACUGAACAGGAGGCUGCUGCUGAAGGUGACAAACCUCAGGGAGAAGAAAAGGAGGUUGAUGUUUCUCAGGAAAAAGUCAGCAGCAUCCCUUCAGUAGUAAUAGAGCCAGCAUCGAACAACGAAGGGGAAGGAGAAGAACAUGAUGUCAUCGUGAAUGAGUCCAAAGAUGCUGCAGCAGAGGUGGGCACUCAGGGCUCUGACAUUGAAACUUCCCAAGUUGGAAGUGAGCAGAAACCCACUGAAGAAAUCCAGACUGCACCUUCUCAAGAUCAGCCUGCAUCAGCAGGAGACACAGCUUCUGACAUGCCACCGGGCUUUCUCUUUAAGGUUGAAGUUCUGCAUGAUUUUGAGGCAGCUAACAGUGAUGAGCUUAAUUUAAAACGAGGGGAUAUUGUACUAGUAAUUCCUUCUGAGACCACAGCUGAUCAGGAGGCUGGCUGGUUGACAGGCAUUAAGGAAUCUGAGUGGCUUCAGUACAGAGAUGCAAAUAGUUAUAAAGGACUUUUCCCAGAGAACUUCACACGCCAUCUGGAAUAGUUCUUCUCUCAGGCACACGAAUGUGGUAUGAAGCUCAGUCAGUAGGUUUUUAACCUCUUUGAAACACAGGAGCCCACUUUUUUGUAGUUCAGGCUGCUAAUGGUUUACAGAUUGGUGCCAGACAAAGCUUGCUGAAGCAUAUCAAAAUGAGCAUGAGUGCAAACAGUUAAGCUAGCAAUUUCUGAAGCAGUGCGUGAAAAAAAAAAUCAAAUAAAAACAGAAAUGUCCUUAUUUGUUCACAUGUACGUGGCAACAGGUUUGUUUGUGCUUUGUCAGAGCUAUGGUGAUCCUGUAUUUGGUCCUUUCCCAUGAAAUCCAAAAUUAGCCUCCUUGAUACCAAAACCUUAACUUCUCUGCACUAAGUGUAUUGUAUUGAGUUGCACUGCAGAAAAUUUAAUUAGUAAUCCUGUAGUAAUGAGGUCAAACUAUUAUAAGUUUCAUGUGUUUAAAAGAUAUAAUUAACUGCUGCAACGUUUUUCAGUGUUACUUUUGGACAUGCAUAAUAUAUAUACACAGGAACUUGAAUGUGUAUAUAUAAGUGCAUAUGGGUAUAUAUGCAUUUUAACAAUUUCAUUGUAGUUCUUUGACUGUGUAGUGUCAUCAGUACAUGCAUUGCUCUCUCACUGUCUGGCAUUACAGGAAACAGUUUUGUUCCAAAGCAAAACUAGCUGCUCCAUUGCCAAAACAUUGAACAGUAUCCGUGUUAGUAAUGUGAAAUUUUCAUUCUGAGAUGAUGAAUAACAUCAUUUUCAAAGCUGCUAAACUUUUGAGAAGGCAUGGCUCAGUUUCCUCUUCCAGCUGCAGUAGUUACAGUGAGAUAAUCUGGAAGGGGAACUGUUAUGAUGCUCAUCUAUACUUUUUUAUUUAAUUGGCUGAAUAAAAAAAAAAAAAAAAACACAACAAAAUUAAUCUCUGAGAAAUAAACUUAAUAUAUUUUCACAAUAAGUAUUUAUGCAGCAUACCUUCACAAAUCCUUUUAAAUUAAGAUAUGUAAUGUAUCCUGUAUCAAAAAGUCAUCUGUAACUUAUGUUUUCCAGUGCUGUGUCAUUAAAAAUAAACCUUUGAU